UACUAGCGCAACCUCCGGCUGAGCGGUUCCCGCCAAUUCUUGCGGCGUUCCGGGCUCGGAGUUCCCCGCGCUAUGGAGUCGUUUGACCCCACCGAGCUGCCCGAGCUGCUCAAGCUUUAUUACCGGAGGCUCUUCCCCUACCCCCAGUACUAUCGCUGGCUCAACUACGGCGGAGUGGUAAAGAAUUACUUUCAAAACCGCGAAUUUUCAUUCACAUUGAAAGAUGAUAUUUACAUUCGCUACCAAUCCUUCAACAACCAGAGUGAUCUGGAAAAGGAAAUGCAGAAAAUGAAUCCAUACAAGAUCGAUAUAGGCGCAGUAUACUCCCACAGACCCAAUCAACACAAUACAGUGAAGCUGGGAGCCUUCCAGGCUCAGGAGAAAGAGCUGGUGUUUGACAUUGACAUGACGGACUAUGAUGAUGUGAGGAGAUGCUGCAGCUCUGCAGACAUAUGCUCCAAGUGCUGGACCCUCAUGACAAUGGCCAUGCACAUCAUUGACCGGGCACUGAAGGAGGACUUUGGGUUUAAGCAUCGUCUCUGGGUGUAUUCUGGAAGGAGAGGUGUUCAUUGUUGGGUCUGUGAUGAAUCAGUUAGAAAACUGUCCUCUGCGGUACGUUCUGGGAUAGUUGAGUAUCUGAGUCUUGUAAAGCAAUUCAUGAAGACCUUCAGACAGCGUUCCAGAAGUCUCACAAUUCACUUCAGCGUUGGGAGCAUCUAAAAAGAGUAAUCAGCACAAAUCAGAAUAUCAAAAGUGACAAAUGCGGACCUUGGCUAGAGUGGGAGAUUAUGCUGCAGUACUGUUUUCCACGGCUGGACAUCAAUGUUAGCAAAGGAAUCAAUCAUUUACUGAAGAGCCCUUUUAGUGUUCACCCUAAAACAGGUCGGAUUUCUGUGCCUAUUGAUUUGCAGAAAGUGGAUCGGUUUGAUCCCUUUACGGUUCCAACAAUAAGCUCCAUUUGCCGUGAAUUAAAUGUCAUUUCCACUAAUGAAAAAGAAAAAGAGGAGAAUGAAACUGAAUCUGAUAUCAAACACAGAACCAGAGAUUAUAAGAGGACCAGUCUAGCACCUUACGUGAAAGUAUUCGAACAGUUUCUUGAAAACCUGGACAAAUCCCGAAAAGGAGAACUUCUGAAGAAGAGUGAGAUCGUCACCACCCACUCCCUGGGAACAGCCGGACCUGUCACUCGGUAAAGGAAGUGGCUGCAAGCGGCUCCUGACCCGGAAGC